GCCAUCUAUUAAAUCACGAAUGAAAUGUAAACACUGCACAUACAUACAUAAAAUACACCAUUCGUUUGUAAGCGAAUUUUUUAUUUAUACUAUCAUGGAUUUUUCAAGUGUUUUUUCGAAAACUGCAUUUGAAGAAAUGGAAUUAAAAGACGAUUAUUUUGAAAGUGCCAAAGUACUGAAGGAACGUGAAAAAUUUCUGACGACCGGCUGCUCAAAAUUUGAUUCAAUGCUUCAUGGUGGUAUUGCUGCACGUGGGAUUACACAAAUUUAUGGUGCAGCUAAUACAGGAAAAACUCAACUGGCUUUGCAACUAAGUUUAACAGUGCAAUUACCAGUAUCAGAGAAAGGUUUUGCAGCUGGUGCUGUGUACAUUUGUACAGAAUCAAUUUUUCCAUCAAGACGGUUGCAACAGUUAAUAGGACAAAUAGAAGUAAUUAAACACCAUGGAAUAAAUGGUGACUUAAUCUUUGUGGAACAUGUUUCAACAACUGAAGAACUAGAAAUAUGUUUACUUCAGAGAGUACCUAUAUUAAUGUCUGCACAAAAGAUAGGAUUAAUAAUUGUAGAUUCAAUUGCUGCACCAUUUAGGGUAGAAGAUUGGAAAGAUGAGUCUAACAGUAGAGCAAAACGAUUAAGAACGAUUGGUCAACAAUUGCACAAGCUGUAUAAAGAUGAUAUUUGUAUAGUUUGUAUCAAUCAGGUAACAGCAGCAGUUAAUGAUCAUAUAUUAAAUGAUAAAUCGAAUGAGCGGCCAGCUUUAGGACUAACAUGGUUGAGCAUGAUAACUAGUUCUAUAUAUUUGUAUAGAAUAGACUCUUCGAGGUAUGCCUGUGUCAAAUCAUCAAGUUUGCCAGAAAUAGCUAUCCCAUUUAAAGUACAAGGAUCUGGAGUUACAGCAGUGCAACAUUUGUUGGUGACCAUUGGUUUCUUGAGUCAGAAGCUUGAAAUGGAUCUCUACUCUUUACAUCUAAGUUUUCAACAUCAUUAUUUAGUAUCAACCUUAAAGAAGAAACAGAUAUCAUUGCUGACAAUACAUUAUGUGAAACAAAUGUGUAAAUCAUAAUACCUGAAGGAAUGUAGAAAUGUUCUAUAAGGUUCUAUAUCUUUUCUUUCGCUAUAAGUAUAGUCUCCUAUCACUGUAUGACCAAUAUAUGAACAAUGUACUCUUAAUUGGUGGCGCCUACCAGUCUCUGGGCAUAAUAGCACUUUAGUGGCUGGUUUUCCAUUUCUGAAACCACGUUCUAAUACAAUAAGUAUUGUACAAGAUUUACGUGGUUUUUCACAAUAAUCAUUAUCAUUAAUGCACA